UUGGACAAACUUUCUUUGAAAAUGGGCCUUUGCACAGAGGCUGGUGGUCAGACGAACAGGCAGCCUCUUUUCACAUCUGUAGUGGUUUUCCCCCACUUGUCCAGGGGAGGGGGGGCAGAGGAGAAAGGCCGGAGAAUGUCGUCCCAGGCAGUGGGGAACCAGACCUCCUCCGGGGCCGCAGAUGACUACUCCAACUGGUACAUCGACGAGCCCCAGGGGGAUCAGGAGCUCCAGCCAGAAGGAGUGGUGCCCACCUGCCGCCCCAGCGUGCUGUUGGGCCUCCUCCACACCGGCCUGGCCCUGCUGUCGGUCCUUGUGCUGCUGUUGCUGGCUGUGCUCGUGAGGUGCCGCCGGCUCCGACCCCACCACGGGCCCGGCGGGCCUGGACUGCCCCGCUUGGUGCCGAGGCCUGGGCGCCCCCACUCAGGUGGCCCGGCUGACGGGGCCACUCUGGGACGGUGGGGGUUUGUUAGCCCCGUGGAUUUCUUGGCGGGGGACACGGCCUGGACAGUCCCUGCGGCUGUCUUCGUGGUCCUCUUCAGCUCCCUGUGUUUGCUGCUCCCCACCGAGGACCCGCUGCCCUUCUUGCCCUUGGCUUCACCCCCCAGCCGAGAUGGAGAAACUGAGACUCCAAGAGGGCCAUGGAAGAUCAUCGCCCUGCUCUAUUACCCUGCCCUCUACUACCCUCUGGCCGCCUGUGCCACCGUGAGGCAGGGAGCCGCACACCUGCUCGGCAGCGUGCUGUCCUGGGCUCACCUUGGGGUCCAGGUCUGGCAGAGGGCAGAGUGUCCUCAGGCACCCAAGAUCUACAAGUACUACUCCCUGCUGGCUUCCCUGCCUCUGCUUCUGGGCCUCGGAUUCCUGAGCCUUUGGUACCCGGUGCAGCUGGUGAGAAGCUUCAGGAACACGGCAGGAGCGGGCUCUGAGGGGCUGCAGAGCAGCUACUGUGAGGAAUAUCUGAGGACCCUCCUCUGCCGGAAGAAGCUGGAAAGCAGCUCCCACACCUCCAAGCAUGGCUUCCUAUCCUGGGCCUGGAUCUGUUACCGAAACUACAUCUACACUCCACAGCGAGGUACGGAGCUGUGGUUAAGAGUGGCAGUUUGCUACAUCUCGGCCUUGGUCCUGUCCUGCUCACUCACCUCCCUCAUGCUGAUCCGCUCACUGGUGACGCACAGGGCCAAUCUGCAAGCUCUGCACCGAGGGGCCGCCCUGGACCUGGGCCCCCUGCCCCAGAGUCCCCACCCCUCCCGCGAGGCCAUAUUCUGUUGGAUGAGCUUCAGCGCCUACCAGACAGCUUUUACCUGCCUUGGGCUCCUGGUGCAGCAGAUCAUCUUCUUCCUGGGGACCGUUAUCCUUGCCUUCCUGGUGUUCAUGCCUGUGCUCCAUGGCAGGAACCUUCUGCUCCUCCGAUCCUUGGAGUCCUCAUGGCCCUUCUGGCUGACCUUGGCCCUGGCUGUGGUCCUACAGAAAAUGGCAGCCCACUGGGUCUUCCUGGAGACUCACCAUGGACACCCACAGCUUACCAACCGGCGAGUGCUCUACGCAGCCACCUUCUUCCUCUUCCUCAUCAACGUGCUGGUGGGCACCAUGGUGGCUGCCGGGCGCGUGCUCCUCUCCGCCGUCUACAAUGCCGUCCACCUUGGCCAGAUGGAUCUCAGCCUGCUGCCGCCCCGAGCAGCCACUCUCGACCCCGGCUACCACACAUACUGCAGCUUCCUGAAGAUGGAGGCCAGCCAGUCACAUCCGGCCACGACUGCCUUCUGCACCCUGCUCUUGCAGACCCAGCAGCCCCGGCCUCCCCGGGCCCCCCAGGACGGCCUCAGACAGGGGGAGGAAGAAGAAGGGAUGCAGCUGCUGCAGACCAAGGACCCCGUGGCCAGGGGAACAGGGCCCAGGGCCCGCCAAGGCAGGGCCCGCUGGGGGCUGGCCUACACGCUGCUGCACAAUCCGGCCCUGCAGGCCUUCCGGAAGAGGAACCUGUCGGGUGCCUAGGUCAACGGAGCCCAGCCCUGAGGGUGGGGAAGCCGCCGUGUCCUUGUCUGUGCUGGGGUGCUUCCCCCCACCUCCAGCCCCCUCCCUCCCAGCUUCCCCAGCAUCCUCCGAGCCACCGCAGCCUCUGGGCGCGCAAGUUCCGGGGAUCGGCAUGAGCCGCCAGCACCAGAAGCCAGGGGGCGCUGUGGUUGGGUGGAGGUCUGUCCCGCAGCCGCAGCCUCGGGAGCGCUCUGGCCUGCUCCCUGGUCUUGGGAAGCCGGGGAGGGCUCGGCAGGCAGUAAUCCGUGGUUUCGGCCGUGGUCUGGGAGGCAGUGGAACUGGGGCGGCCACCUCCAGGCCCCUCCCCAGGCUGGCUCUGCCACCAGCCUGAGCUCACGCAACCUUCUCCUGACUGGGGUCGGUGAGUCAGGCCAGAACAGCCUCACGUUCCAGCUCAGCCCCACCUCAGCCUUGGAUGCACCACCACGGAACCAGACACAGAGCUUCCUCUCUCCUCCAGCUUCCCCCUCUCCUCUCCGGGGCCCCGUGCCUUUCUGCGAGGCAGCCCAGGAGGAAGCCAUGGGCUCCUACCGGGCAGCAAAGUCAUGGCUCCAACCAGGCCCCACACCAAGCUGGCCACACUUGAGAGCCCGAUAUUUUUGCAGUUGGUAUGCCUUUAGAUAUUAUGAAAGAGGUUAGUGUGCUUCCCGUAAUAAAC